AUGUAUGAUAUUUUUUUUCAUUGCAUUGUUAUAAAUAAUAAUAAUAAUAAUAAUGAAUACUAUAUAGUGAAAUAUAUUAGACAAUUGAUAUUCAAUCAGAUAGAUGUGAUAUCAAAUCAAUUGUAUCCAUCAUCAGCAGCAGUUGAUGACGAUGAAAAUCAUAGUCAAAGCAAACGACGACCAUCAUCAUCAUCAUCAUUAAAAGGAAGAGAUAUUAUCAAAUUACCUAGACUUGAAAUGAUAUCAAAGUAUGGAAUACCAUGGGACUUUAUUAGACAUUAUCUACCUAAAGAUUGUAAUCAAAUAGUGGUACAAAGAAGAAAAAGGGUGAUUACUCAAUACUGUUAUCAUCCAAAUGCAACAUUGGAUACUCUUAUUCAUCUUGUGGAAUGGUCGAUUGGUAUAGACUUUGAAUGGAAUCUAUUAGAGAAAAAUAGAGAGAAAAUAAUAAAUCAAGAGAUAUUGGAAUACCUAAUCAAGAAAUGUCCAAUUGUCGAUGGAGAGAUUAACAGCUUUCUCAAUGAUGCAAUGAAUAAUGCAUGUGAAGAAGAUGGUCAUUUCUCAAUUAUCAAGUUAAUAUGCUCUAUCAAAGGUGUACAACUUGAAAGUACCUCUACAAUAGACGCUGCUAGUAGUAAAGGAUUCAUUGACAUUGUAAAGUAUUUACACGAGAAUAGAACUGAUUUUGAAUGUACUACUGAUGCAAUGAACGAAGCAGCAAAGAAUAACUAUUUAGAUAUUGUAAACUUUCUUCAUUUAAAUAGAACGGAAGGUUGUUCAAAAGAUGCUAUGGAUAAUGCAGCUGAAAAUGGUCAUUUACACAUGAUUCAAUUCUUACAUGAAAAUCGUCAAGAAGGAUGCUCAGAAUAUGCUAUGGAUAGAGCAUGUGGUGGAGGAUUUAUAGAUAUAGUAAAGUUUCUUCAUUUCAAUCGUAGUGAAGGUGCAUCAAAGAGAGCUAUGGAUAUGGCUGCAAUGAACGGUCACAUAGAAAUUGUAAAGUUUCUUUCAGAGCAUCGUAGUGAAGGUGCAACAAUCAAUGCUAUGAAUUAUGCAUCUAAAAAUAAUCACAUGGAUAUUGUAAAGUAUCUUCAUUUCAAUCGUAGUGAAGGUGCAUCAACCAAUGCUAUGGAUUGGGCAGCUGAAAAAGGUCACAUUGAAAUGGUCAAAUUCCUUUCAGAGCAUCGGACUGAAGGUGCAACAAUCUAUGCAGUGAAUACGGCAGUUUAUGAGGGUCACCUUGAAAUGGUUAAAUUCCUUUUAGAGCAACAACGUAUAGAAGGACAACUAUCAGCAGCUGUACGACAUGCUGCUAAUAAUGGAAACAUUGAAAUGUUAUCGUAUCUUGUCAGCGCUGCCAAUGUAACAUGUGAAUCUUAUUAUUUAUUGGAUGCACUUGAUCAUGGGAAAUUGGAUGUAUUCUAUUUCUUUCAUGACCAUUUCUCUAAUUGCAAGAUUUGGAAGAUUAUGGAUUACGCUUCUUCAAACGGACACUAUGAUGCCGUAAAGUUCCUUCAUUUUAAUAGAACUGAACGUGCAACUACCGAUGCCAUCGAUUUGGCAUCUCGAUACGGCUACAUUGAUAUUGUACACUUUCUUCAUGAAAAUCGUAGUGAAGGUGCAACAACUGAUGCCAUGGAUGAUGCAUCAAUGUUUGGAAACUUUGAAAUUGUAAAAUUCCUUCACGAGCAUCGUAGUGAAGGUGCAACAACCAAUGCUAUGGACGAUGCAGCUAAAAAUGGCUACAUUGAUAUCGUAAAGUUUCUUCAUUUCAAUCGCAGUGAAGGCGCAACAACCAAAGCUUUGGAUUGGGCAUCUGAAAACGGCUACAUUGAUGUGGUCAAGUUCCUUCAUGAGCAUCGUACAGAAGGUGCAACCACCUAUGCUAUGGAUAGGGCAGCUAAAAAUAAUCACUUUCAAGUUUUCCAAAAUCAUUCAACAAAUUAA